AUGGUCCUUAGCGCGCUGAUGAGUGCAGCUUCAGUGCCGUGGAGCUCCCUGGUAUGCGGCACCCUCGGCUUUGUGCUUCUAUGGCAGGCUAGCCGGUUGGUAGAUUUGCUGUGGUGGCACCCACGGCGGCUUGAGCGUGCCUUGCGCGCCCAGGGUCUUCGCGGCACGUCGUACCGCUUCGUCAUCGGGGAUAUGAUGGACUAUCGGCGUCGGCGCAAGGAGGCGCAAUCGAGGUCGAUGCCGCUGCGCUGCCACAGCAUAGCCCCCCUCGUCGCGCCGCUCCUCUGCGACAUUGUCCGCGAGCAUGGCAAGACGUGUAUGUCUUGGUAUGCUAUGUACCCCAAGGUGACCAUACACGACCCUGACUUGGCCAAGGAAGUGUUGUCCAACAAAUUCGGCCACUUUGAAAAGGUCAGGUUUCCGCCGCUGUCCAGGCUGCUUGCCGCAGGCCUGGCGGAACACGAGGGCGAGAAAUGGGUCAAGCAUAGGAGAAUCCUUAACCCUGCGUUCCAUCUCGAGAAGCUCAAGCUCAUGCUGCCAGCGUUGUCCACAAGCUGCGAAGAGCUUGUCAAUAGAUGGACGCAGUCCCUUGGCUCAGAUGGUACCUAUGAGUUGGAUGUCUUCCCGGAGUUCCGAAGACUCACUGGAGAUGUCAUUUCUCGCACCGCAUUUGGCAGUAACUACCUUGAAGGUGCCAGGGUUUUCCAGCUGCAAUCCGAGCAAGUUGAACGCAUUGCCGGGGCUUGGAAGAUUGGCAUUCCCGGUUACUUGUCCUUGCCCACCAAAAAUAAUAGAAAGAUGCAUCAAAAUAAUAGUGAAAUCGAAUCCAUUCUACAUGGUUUAAUUGGAAAAAGAAUGCAAGCUAUGCAAGAAGGAGAAAAUAUCAAAGAUGACUUGCUCGGCUUGAUGCUUGAGUCAAACAUGAGGACCUCAGAUGACAAUGGCCAAUCCAUCUCAGGAAUGACCAUUAAAGAGGUCAUGGAGGAAUGCAAGUUGUUCUAUCUUGCAGGGACAGAAACAACAUCAAUACUGCUCACAUGGACAAUGAUCGUACUAAGUAUGCAUCCAGAGUGGCAGGACCGUGCCAGGGAGGAGGCCAUUGGCUUAUUUGGAAAAAACAAACUUGAGUAUGAAGGCAUUAACCGACUCAAAACAGUGACCAUGAUUCUUUACGAGGUACUUCGGCUGUACUCGCCUGCUGUCGCAUUCUUCCGUAAAACGUACAAGGAGAUAAAGAUUGGAGGCAUCACAUACCCCGCCGGUGUUCUCAUUGAGCUUCCCCUAUUGUUAAUGAACCAUGACCCGGUUAUAUGGGGAAGAGACGCACAUGAGUUCAAGCCGGAGAGGUUCACCAACGGGAUCUUCCACGCGUCCAAGAAUCCUGGUGCAUUCCUGCCAUUUAGUUGGGGGCCACGUAUCUGCAUUGCCCAACAAUUCGCCCUUCUUGAGGCUAAGAUGGCGUUUUGCAUGAUCCUUCAAUGCUUUGAGUUUGAGCUCGCACCGUCAUACACUCAUGCAGUAAAUAACAUUAGACUGAUGCGCCCACUGCAUGGCGCACAAAUCAAGCUCACGGCAAUUUGA